UAUUGUCUGGUACUACUCUCUAGUAUAGUGUACAAUCUAUGGGUACUGCAGUGGUAAAAAUAUGAGUUUCGUAAUUGUGGAGAAAGAAGGACUCUAUUCUAUUGUUGUUAAACAUGGCAGAUAAAUAUAGAAAGUGUGUGAAGUGUGGUGUAUCUGCUGCGUAAGACCCACUUACUUUUCAUUCUUUCCCGAGAGCUGGAAAGGCAUCUAAUUUAGCAAGUGGUUGAAAGUUGAAAAUAUUGCUGAAGUGGAGUUGAAAGACUUGCACAAGAGCCAUAAGUUAUUGUGUAGUAAGCAUUUUGAUCGCAGUGCCUUCACGAAUGAGACGAUGAAAAGGUUAAAUCCUAAUGCUGUUCCAAAUUUGUUGUUCCCACCAUUAUUAGCGGAAUUGUCACAAAUGGAAGAUUCAGCGAGAACUUCAGUGUCUUCGCAAUCUUUUACACAAUAUCUGCCUAACUCGCCUCUAAAAGGUCAAACACUGCAAUUGGACAUUACUUUUGUGACUCAACCUGUCAAUUUGAAGAACACAAAAAAGGCAAAAAUUCUGCAGCAAGUAGAAAAUCGCUAUUAGACUCUCUCUCAAAGAGUGAGUACUUAGAAAAAUUAAAUGAAAAUUUAAAACCUGCAUUUGGUGUGCUUUGACAAAGCCAAAUGGUUAAUACACCUAGAAAAUUAAAUGGUCGUCGUUGGACUCUAAAUGAAAAAAUCAUAGCACUGGCUAUGUAUAAAAAAUCCAGUGCAUGCUAUAGAUUGCUCAGAAGAUUGUUUUGCUUGCCAAACCCUGGUACUUUAAAAAGUCUUUUAAAUUAAGUAAAUUUACCUUGUGGAAUUGACAGUAAAGUUAUGGCAAAUUUAAAGGAAAUUACACUAACACAGUCAAAAACUGAUAAUUUGUGUACAUUAAUGUUUGACGAGAUGACAAUUCGAAAAAUAAUCGUAUGUUAUAUAUUCCAAGAACAGACAAGAUUGAAGGAUACCAGGAUCAUGGUUCCCAAGGUAGAAGCCAACAAAUAGCAUCACAUGCAUUGGUUUUUAUGUUGGUAGGAUUAAGAAAAAGGUGGAAGCAACCAAUAGCCCACUAUUUCUCAGGAGAAUCGGUAACAGCUGAUAGACUUCAAGCAAUUAUUAAAGAGGUAUUGUCAGAAUGUUACUUAAACAAUUUAAUAGUUGUAGCAACAGUGUGUGACAUGGAUGGAGUAAAUGUAAGAGCCAUAAAUUCCCUAGGGUCCACACUCAGUGGCGUGCCUAGGGUUUUGAGUUUUAGCAAGCCCAGUUACCUAAAGGACAAAUUUAACUCGAAAUUCUUCACGGAAGCUGGACUGGCAAAAUGGAAGCAUAUCCAAGACUUUUUUAAAGUGGACAAUAAAAAUUCCAAUUUCGUAUUUGCACCUGCACUCACAGAACAACAUAUUAAUCCAAAUGGGAAACAAAAAAUGAAAGUGAAGUUAGCAGCACAAGUGUUAAGUCAUUCGGUUGCUGCAGCAUUGUUUGCUAAAGUUUCUUCAAGUAAGUUGCUUAUAUAUUAAUGUGUAUCUUGAGUUGCUACAAAUAGGACAAGUCCUACAUAUCAUAACAAAAGACCUUGAAUUAAAAAAAACCAUAAAUGCACACCCUUUAGCAUGGUAAUAUUAUUAUAGAUUUUGAACUUAUAUAUUCAGUAGGUACUUUAGUUUAUCAGAUAUUUAUAACAACCGGAAAUUGUAUGACAAUUUAGUAAAGGAAAUAAGCAGGCAUAGAAAUUUACUUUUCCUUUGUUCAGACCAAUUUAUGCUUAUUAAAAUUAAAUUAUGGUUAGUUUGAUAUUUUAUUUUAGUUAAUUUAAAAAGAGGUAAGAAAUUUUCAUCAAAUCUCAGUAAAUCAAGUGGACAUUUAGAGCUAUUCUCAGAAUUAAAAACAUUUUUUAAGAAUGUUAAAUUUAUUGGGGCUCAUUGGCCAAUGGGUGGAUACGAACAAUUGGGGCUGUAGAAAGGCUUCGGCAUAAUUUGCAAAAAUUAAAAAUACAGGCAAUUUCUACCCGAAGACUAAACCAAGACCCUUUAGAAAAUCUCUUUGGUUGUAUAUGGGGCCACUGUGGUUCCAAUCCUAACUCAAAUGUGCAACAAUUUAUUGCUGGUUUAAAAAACCAGCAUUGUAAAUAAUUUAAAAUAUAAAUGUAAUAGUAAAAAUUGUGAAGAUGAUGCUAACACACUAUUAACUAAUAUGACCACAUAUUUGAAAACUAGAACGCAUGUACCAGUGUCAUCACCUAAUGAGUUGUACGAUAUUGAUGUUACUGACAUUAAUGAGGACACAGAGGAUAAUGCGGA